AUGCGGGCCAUUGUUCGGACGGCGAGCUCCGGGAAAGCUCCGGCAGCGCUCUCGCCGCUGAGCAUGACGCAAUCGGUGCCGUCGAGGACGGCGUUGGCGACGUCGGUGGCCUCGGCGCGAGUGGGCCGGGGAGAUUUGAUCAUCGACUCGAGCAUCUGUGUGGCGGUGACGACGGGUUUUCCGGCGAGCGAGGAAGAUUUUCUCGACCGGGAUUUCCAUGCCGAGGUCGCCGCGGGCCACCAUGAACGAGUCGGUCUCGCGGAGGAUGUCGUCGAAGUUGAUCACGCCUUCUUGAAACUGAGUUUUAAGUGA